GAAAGAGAAAACUUUUAUUCUAUAUUUAUGAAAAUGUCGCAAACUGUAUGUGUGUGGGAACUCUAUUUAUAGAAUUUAGGGUUUAAAGGGAAAUGGGAAAAACAGUACAUAUAAGGAAACUCUAACCAUCUAAAACCUCCUUAUUUGAACUUAAAACCAUCACAUUGACUCAUACCAAGUUCUCUAUUAGAUUUAUACCAACUUAUGGUGCUAACAAAUCUCAAAUCAAAUAUAAACAGACCUGAAAUACCAGAUGUCUCCAUCCAAACAUUAUCUCACCAAAAUGUAUAUCCUAAUAUCCACUGUCCAUAGAUCAUAGAUCUUAAUUUAAAGAAAAAAUAUUGGUAUCAUUAGAAUGUACCAAAGGGCAUGGUGCAAGUUUUUGGUCACUGAUGGAGGAACCCCAAGAGCUAAUAACAAGAGGGCUACCCAUGCUUCAAAGUAGAGAAUUAUUUUGAGAAGAUAGGUGGCGAAAAUUAUGGUAACAAGAACAAUGGAUAUGAUCCAUAAGACUAAGUUGACUUUGAGGCUUAUGUGAAGAAAUUGAGUGGGAUGUGGCAAGUGCUUUCCAAAGAAUUGCUUGGCUGCUAACUCCAAGGCAGACACCAAAACAUGAAAUAGAUAACUUUAACAAAUAAAAUAUAUUAAUAACACUAACAUUUAUUUAAACAAAAGUUAUACUCUUGAUUUAUUUUAUAAAAAGAAACGAAAAUAUUUAAUCGAUCCAACAUUUAAUGUGUAUAGUUUUUAAUAAUUUUCUCAUCAAUAGAAGAGUAUCAAGUAUUAUAUCAGAUGCAUUGUUAUUGUCUCUAACGAGGAACAAUCUUCUUUUACGAUGAAAGAAUAAAUGUUAUAAAAAGUAUAAAGAGCAUCUAUUAUAUAUUAUAAUAAUAGUAUUAAUAACAAUAAUGAAGAAGAAAAUACCAUUUUAUUCCUAAAUUACUCUUUGAAGACUCCAAUCAUAAUUGUAAAAGACAAAACUUAUCUAUCAGAGCAAUUACUAAGAUGCUUAAGGGAUCUCAAUAUAUAUAGUGAAAAAUAGGUUUUUUUUUCUCAUGAAGUAUUAAGUAAAAUUAAAAUAAUUCUUGGUUAAAAUUUUAUACAAUUUGGAUUUCUGUAUUUUUAAAAGUGUUGAUUUUAGUUUUUAUUUAAUCAAUGGUGUUAAAUUUUAUAUUAAGUGGCAAAUGGCAUGCCAUGUGCCUUUUUCUUUAUAAAAUAAAUUUUUUGUGUCGGCUUCACUUCCCUGUUGCAACACGCGAGAGAGAAAGAGGGACGCAUGUUCUCCAGGCGUUGCUCCGGCAAGGCACCUUUUGUUCAGAAAGGAAUGACGGAGUCCAAGAAGAUAAAGCACCGCACCAAAAGUGUGCUGAUGUUUCCUCGUUGCUGUUCCACCACCUUUAACUGCGGUUUCUUUUAAAGUGAAACGGAGGGGCCGACCUCGCACCAACAGGUUAAAGUCAGCCGUUGAGAAACGGACCAAAAAAGGAAAAAGUGUGUCAACNAAAAAGAGUUCAAGAACAUCCAUUGAACAAUGUGUGAGUAUUUUAGUUUUAUGUUUGUCCAUUUAAGACUUUGUUUUCUGUUGAAAUUGAGUCUAAUUAUAAUUGUCUUCAUUUAGGGGACUACAUUACCUAACCUAACACAAAGUGAGGAAGACAUACAAUUUGGAUCCCAAUCUUACCAAUGCUACGAUGUAUCCCAACAAUCCAACAUAGCUCAAUCUGGAUUUAUGUCAUUGUUAAAUGCUGCACACAACAACUAUGAUGACAUCAUUGUAUGAUGUAUAUUGUUGGUUGAAUGUGAAAUUAAGUAAUUUUUUUUUGUGUUAUGGAAUACCUUAAUUUAUAUCUUAUCAUCACAGAAAGCACCACUAAUAGUAAUCGAUUACGUGGUGGGUGUAAACGAUUACAACAGCAGCGUAGGACUUAAUUGCCUACUGUGCAACGUAGUGUACCCACGUCCCCCUUAUAACUUCUACUGCACUGUCAAUUUAACUGCCCACUACUGCCACUUAACCAUUUGGGAUUUUAUCAACUUCCACAUCACUUCCUACAUAUACGAACCCUAUCAUAAUUAUUCUCCAAUUAAAAAUCCUAACACAAUUGCAAUGGGUGAUCGCGCUAAAAAGAAACAAAAGUCAUCUUCUUCCAUUGAGGCGGACGUCGUCGACAACGCAGUCCGACACCAUCCCCACCGCCGUCAUCACCGCACCCAGUGCACGACCUAUUCUCCAGUGUGGAACAACAGGAGAAAUUUGCUAAGCAUUUUGUCAAUCGAGAAGUAUUAAAAAGCAAGUUCUUAGACGCGGAGUACUUCGAAGAAUCAAAUUUCGAAUUCUAUCAGAUAUUGUGUGAUGCUGGACUAAAGGAAUUUGUUUGCUUGAGAGAUUCUUUCUACCCAAAAUUAGUAAGAGUGUUUUACAACAACAUGGUCAUUUCUCACACUGGAGUGAUUCGAACAGAGGUAAAUGGUGUGAAAAUAAAAAUUAGCCCUAAACUCUUUAAUGAGAUUACCUCUCUCCCAUCCAAUGGUGCUCGUUUUGAAGGAUGUAUUGUGGAUGACUGGAAAGAAGACUAUAAUUCCGUAAGUGGUAGGGAAUUUGUCCGUAGAGAUGAUGCUGAAAUACUUCCGAGGUUAACUGCAGGGCAAAUGAAGGUUCAACAUAGGAUUUUACAUUACGUUCUUACAAGGAUUUUAAUUCCUCGCUCAACCAACAUUGGACAACCAACUGAAGAGGAUAUUAUGCUGAUCUGGGCCCUUUUCAAUGGUAAGGAAAUUAACUGGGGACAUCUUAUAAGGUACAAGAUGAAGAAGGCAUUAAAGGACAAAGCCAAACUACUUUAUCCUCAUUUGAUAACAAUGUUUUUGGAACGCUUUGAAGUUCCUUUUGACAAUGAUUCUGUGACAGAAAUUAUGUGCAAGCAAAAGAUGGGAUAUGAUACUAUUCGGUCAUUUGGUUAUGUGCAGAACGAAGACAGAGAGUGGGUAGUACAAAAACAAAAUACCCCCAAUGCUGAAGAUGAAGCCACAGAAGAUGAAGACAAUGAUGAUGACAAUUCUUCUACAACACUAAGUGAUGUCAUGAAUCGUAUAGAUCAAGUGCAGACAUUCGUCGCCUCUAGAUUGGAUGGAAUACAAACUCGUUUUGAUCAAUUGGAGAGUACGAUGGGCACAAGAUAUGACAACUUCCAAACGCAAUUUGGAAACAUCGACACGGCCAUUGGGAGCAUGGAGGAGGAACUGCAGCACCUCCGCAUGCGCUUUGAUAAUGCUCCUCAACCUUGAAAUGUGGUUCUUUCUCUUUGUUUAUUGAAAUGAUAAACUGUAAUAGUCUUUUUUAUUUUCAUUACUUAGUCUUAGUCUCUGUUGUGGUAAUCCUUUGUUAUUGUUAAUGAAAGUUGUGGUGAAGAAUGUAUCAACAAAACCAAUGUUUGUUUUUCUUAAUGCAAUAUUCCCAAACUGGUUCAUGUGUACAAUAGGGUCCCCUACGUUAUGAUUAGUGGUUCCUGCAGACGGAAUUUGUGUCCAAAAAUGAACUUUCAUUACCGUAAUUGUUUACAAUGACAGUGUAAACGAUUACAUUUAACAACUUUCGCACAAAGGUUAAAUGGUUCACUAUGUUUAAGUUCCAAUGACACUCGUACUGUCAUUAUUUAUAUUCUUUAUUAAUCCACUAAUUGUUUAAAUUGACCGAUACAAUUGAAUCCCUUCCAAUUCAUGGUUAUUCAAAUGGUUUUACCACUUUCAAAUUGGUUGNUAAGUCUGUUGACUGCAUUAAUGGUGCAUUAAACCCCAUUUAAAGGUCCAACAUUAUCAUAAAGCCAUUCAAACUGAUUUGUAAACUUUAACACAACAUUUAAUGCUCUAUUUUGACCAUAGCGGUUUUCUAGAAGUUAAGGAAGAACCUAUGUGGCUAUAAAUUUGAGAGGUUUCAUUGUACUUAACAAAGAGAAACCCUAAUACAUCACCACGUUAUUUUCUUGUUUGGGAAAACAUGGCAUCAUCAUCAACUCAGCAAUCGGCUACAAUAUUGUGGGAAUUCGUCACCAUCCACCUGAAAGAUAUGGUAAAAAUCUUGUUGUUAUUAUAUAACGUUUUAAACUACUCUUACUUUCACACCUACAUUUGUAGGAUUUUGGCUAUGUGGAUAGGCACUUUGUUGCGGCCUUCGAGAAUGAAUUAGGAACAACGUGGACGCUGUUCGACAAUCAUGGUCGAAUGCACUACGUUACUUUAAUUCAUCAAUUAAAGUUGUUAAAGUUGUGUCAAAAUGAGAUACUGUGGUUCAACUAAUUUUUUUGGCAAUUUGUGGUGUGAGAGAUGUUGUCCUCUUGGUUCAACUUUGUUGGGUUUGGAAGGAGACCACCAUUGGUGAGUGCUCACAACACCAAAGGAAACUGAUUCUGCAGAAACAGCUGCUGUAAUCGUUUACAUCGUAGCUGUAAACGAUUACACAGAACUGAAUUGCUGUUUUGGACAAAAACCUCAACGUAGGGAUCCAUUUUUUUGGUCACAGGGGACCAUGUUAGAAAUUUCUUACUAAGUUCGUUNACUUCAUGUAAUUUUUAGUAGGGUAAUAAUGUAGUUUGACGACAUCAUGUACAUAAGAUGUAAUAGGGAAUACAUAAUUGUAUUUCAUUAAUUCGAUGUAACCUUAAACCAUGUUUUAUUGUAAUAUAAAUAUAACAUAAGUUGAACAGAAAUAGAAGUUCUGUAGUCUACUUCACAGCGAUAUAUGGGUGUUAACAUUACAGAUACAUCCAUUAAUGUGCACUUCUACAGCAAUGUCAUGGACAUGGUUCUGAACUUCAAAGACAAGAACGUCUCCUUCCUUCAAGCCAUAUUCACUGCAAAAAUCUCUCCACCCUUUUCCAAACUUCGUUGAAUUCCUAGUAUGUGAAACCAGAACCUUGCACCGGAUGCCCUCCUUAUGACCAAGAAACACAACCUCUGUAAAGUCGUUGUUCUUGAUUGCAUUCUCAAAAUUGGUUCUCAAAUACUGCAAAAGAUCCAGUAAUAAGUUAUUCGAUAAUAGUCAUGCAAAACAAUUUUGGUUAAGUAGAAAAAUUGGAUACGUACCAAAUGACUUCCUUGACAUUGUGAUUUAGUCAAUUUCACAGCGAAUAAAGACGCCUCAGGAUCAUAGGUAGAUUGAUGAAUGAAAUAUUCCCUACUAUUGUUGCUGCAAGGGCCAAAAUAAAUUAUAAUGUUGAAAUGGUUGUCACCCAAAUAUUGGAACGUGAUGUGCGCAUCAUCAAGCCUUUCAUGGUAUACGUCUCUCAUGGAAGUCCAUCCAGUUGUAAUUCUUGGUUGUAAGGUGUUCAUGUUGUAAGUAACGUAGUGCGUUCGACCAUGAUUGUCGAACAGCGUCCACGUUGUUCCUAAUUCAUUCUCGAAGGCCGCAACAAAGUGCCUAUCCACAUAGCCAAAAUCCUGCAAAUGUAGGUGUGAAAGUAAUAGUAGUUUAAAACGUUAUAUAAUAACAACAAGAUUUUUACCAUA